AUGGAGGGGGGAAAAAAAAGGCAAACAAGUCCCCGCCUAAGCGUGCACCGACCCCGCGCUGGCAGGGCUCUCCCUGGCAGGAGCGCAGCCUGCGGGGCGGUGCACGUUGCAGGCCGCGGCUCCGGCUUCCCCUGCUCGCACCGCCUCUACUGCCUCAUUUCCGCAGCGCAGGCAGAGCAGGAAGGGUUUGCUGCCUCCUCCUCUGCUCUUUUGCUGCUCUUGUCCCCACCGAACUGCGUCCUGCCCUUCGAGAUGCCGGCUUACCACUCAACUUUAAUGGACUCAGACACCAAGCUAAUUGGCAACAUGGCACUGUUACCCAUCAGAAGCCAGUUCAAAGGCCCAGCACCUCGGGAAACUAAGGACACAGAUAUUAUAGAUGAAGCCAUCUACUACUUCAAAGCUAAUGUCUUCUUCAAAAAUUAUGAAAUUAAGAAUGAGGCUGACAGAACACUGAUCUACGUAACCCUCUACAUUUCUGAGUGCUUGAAAAAGCUGCAAAAGUGCAACUCCAAAGGCCAAGGAGAGAAAGAAAUGUACACACUAGGAAUCACUAACUUCCCAAUUCCUGGGGAGCCUGGCUUUCCACUUAAUGCCAUUUACACCAAGCCUGCCAACAAACAGGAGGAAGAGGUGAUGAGGGCCUACUUGCAGCAGCUGAGGCAAGAAACUGGUCUUCGCCUUUGUGAAAAAGUCUUUGAUCCUCAAAGUGACAAGCCCAGUAAGUGGUGGAUCUGCUUUGUGAAGAGACAGUUCAUGAACAAGAGUCUGUCAGGUCCUGGACAAUGAAGAGGCAAAGUAGCAACAACAUUAAGCAUUUCCACAGCAAUGUGUUUUAAGUAUUUUGCCUUUGUUUUGGAUACAUUUUGUACCAAGGAAGAAUUAAGUGCUUAUAAAAAAAAAAAAAACCACCACCAAAACCCAGAAACCAGUCAAUGAGGGAUAGAGGGAGGGAGAGCAAAAAGAUCAUUUGUGUAAGCAAAUAUUGUUAAGCUGGUGCUUAAUAAGUGAUUUCUAACAUGUUGUUUCAGAUGCAAGCUGCUUUAUUAUCAGUGGGGACAGCUAGCAUUUAAAACAGGGCUUGUAUUUAAGAGAAGAAAUGGGCUUGCCUGUGGGGCAGGGGGAGCUGUGUAAUUGCUCUACUGGCUAGAGUCUUGGUAUUGUAUGUCCACAGAAAACAUACUUCCCACGCUGUGUUGUUGA